AUGGAAUUAUACAAGCUUUAUAUUUUAAUAUUUUUGAUAUUUGUUGAAAGUUCAAGAGUUUUUAGUCAGAAUUCGACUUGUAAUACAGAUAGUGCUUGUGAAUCUUUAAACGAUACAUUAGCAUCAUGUAAUGGAACUUUUACAACACCUUCGAAUAAUUCGGUUGUUUAUAGUGUAAUUGAUUCUAAUUUAGCAUCUUGUCAAUGUAAUCAAAUUUUCUAUGAUAAUCUUACGACAUGUAUUACAUGUUAUAAUAAUACAUCAACUGCUACCAACGUUAGUGUUGUGCCUUUAUCAGAUUAUAAGGAGUUAUGUACAGAAGCUGGAGUAGGCUUUGAUAAGAAAAGCAGUUCAACGACAAGCGCAGCAGCCGGGAUUCUUAUGGGUGUAGUCAUUGGAAUUAUAUUUUUAAUAGGUUUAGGUGCUAUACUUUGGAAGAAUUGGAACAGUAAUCGAUUACAUCCACAAUUAAAACUUCCAGAUAAAAAGUAUGAUAAUGAGAACAAUAAACCACCACCAUCUACCUCACCUCAAAUGACUACAGUGGAUCUUUCAUCUCCGAUUUCUGGACGAUCACAUGAAUCCGAAUUUUCAUAUUUAGUUAGUAAUAAAGGAGAAGGAGAAAAUAGUGUACCUCCUUCAGCAAUUAGACAUCAAGGUAGCAGUACUCAAUCGAUAGUGACACCAUCUUCCGAACUAUUUUAUGGAGGAAUUACUGCCUCACCAUCUGUUCCCCCGGUACAUGGAGGCAUUCCAGAAAUUACUUAUACUUCACCAUUAUCACCAACGCAACAACCACUAUAUUCUAAUAUUUCAAUGCCUAAUUCAGUAACAGAAAAUUUUAUUUAA